CGGAAAUCUGGCCGAAGGCUCCUCAUGCGGCCCCGGCCAGAAAGCCCAUCGUCUUGAAGAAGAUUGUGGCUCAUGAGAUCCCAGCUGUCCAGUCGCCUCGAAGGAGCCCUAGGAAAACUUCUGCCUGAAGAUAUGAUAAAUGAGAAAUACUAACUGCUUUUGAGGAGCUCAUGGAGUUUGCAGUCAAGUGCAGAGAAAGACAAAUGAACAAAUAAUUACAACCGUGUGCAGUGGGAUAAAGCACUAGAUGCUAUGAGGACAUCCAACCCAGACUAGGUGGCUUAGGGAAUGUUUUGUGGAACAUCUAAGUCAAUUGGCAUAAUAAAAUCUAUUAAGAAAACAUUCUGCUUCCCACUUUGGAGAGUGGCAUUUUGUGUUUUAAACCCUAGCAAGCAGCCAUCUAAGAUGCAUCAGUUGGUCUCUACCCACCUGGAGCAAAGGAUAAUGAAGAACACCAAAGACAAGAUUGCUUUUUUGUUAGAGAAAGAGAACAAACCUCCUAGCAAGGAGCUGACUAAGGAGGACCUCUUCAAGACGUGUAGCACGCCUGUCACCCCAUCCACCACUCCUGUGCUGUUACCCCUGACUGUCGAGUCCAGCCCCAGGAGCGGAGACCUGGAUACCAGAGACUUGGAAAUGUCUAAGAAAGUCAGGCGAUCCUACAGCCGGCUGGAGGCCCUCAGCUCCACCUCCAUCCCAGGCCGCCGGUCCUGCUUUGGCUUUGAGGGGCUGCCGGUGGCACAAGAUUUUGCCAGAGUCUCACCUGUGGUGUGUUCGAAGUCAUUCGAGGUCACCGGUGUCUCUGUGAAGCCCUGGGCCCCAGAUACAACUCUCCCUGGGAUCUCCCCACCAAUCACAAAAGAGAAACGAAAGAAGAAGAAAGUGCCAGAGAUCCUGAAAUCGGAGCUGGAUGAGUGGGCCGCGGCCAUGAAUGCUGAGUUUGAAGCUGCUGAGCAGUUUGAUCUCCUGGUUGAAUGAGAUGAAAUGGGGGUUCAUCUGGCCAGACUCUCCCCUCCUCCCCUGUACAUAGCUUCCUUCUCCCCUCCCCCUGUGGUAGCCUGGAAAAGACACUGGGGUCCACCUCUGAGGGUUCAGGUGGCGACGGCCAUCUCAGUUUCAGGAAAUGGGGUCCAUCUGGCUUGGCCACUCAUCAAGGUCCUGUCUCUAGUAUGUGGCCCCCUUGCCCUUCCUCUCUGCCUCUGGGGAUCUGGCCAGAGGGCGUUAAAGGGCAGGGGCUGGAGGGUAAGGGCACCUCUACUCUUGUUGGAAAGUGUUUGGCUGCUCGGAGCUGGCCCCGAUGGAAACUGGCACCAAGGGCUAUGGCCGGCUUCUGAUGCUCUCUCUCUAGUUGCCUUCUGUUGGGCUCUUGGUUCCCAGCUGCAAGCCUAGCUGUGUAAAGAGGCUUUAGGUUCCAUGGGGUUCCUCUUAGAUGAUGUCGAUGGUCCAGGAAAGAACUUUGGGUUGGAGGACAGCUUUAUCUUUGAGGAAGAAGCUGGCACUCGGCCUGUAGAGUCUACAUUUUGAAGAAGGAAGGGAGGCCUUGGUUGGGUCUCAGGCCAUAAGCUUUUAUGACUAGGAGCUUUUUUAUAGUCUUGUUUUCUGUUGUUGAGGUCCUCAGUAAAUGCCAGGGGUGCUGGCUGCUUGGAGCUAUGAGUGUAUUUUAGGGGGUGUGGCGGCCAUGGACUGGGCUCACCUGGGCACCUCUGAGGGGCUAGGACGGGGCCUUACCACCCUGCCACCCUGCAGGAAGGACCCAUGGCAGAAGGCUCCCCGUCUCGUCAGUCACACCCAUUUCUUACAAAAAGCACUGAGGUCUACUCAGCUCUGGAAGAAAAAGUUACUAGGUUGGAAAGUCCCAGUCCCAUCAGCAUUUACAACUAUACUCGUGAAGUUCUAGGAAGACUUUCUCAAAUGACCAGAAAGGGAUAGAAGUUUAUAGAAAUUUUAGCUUCCUUGUUCGCCUCUCAGAAGAGAAUGCUGCCUGAGGAAGGUACCAGGAGCUGAGUUAGGGGUCUCGUCUCGGGGGAAUAUCCCCCUGUUCCCUUUUCUGCAUACUGGUACCAUGCUACCAUCCUGCCAUAGCCCAGGCCAGUAUUACUUUUGGUGCUUCCACGUUCAUGGAAUUGGAAGCAAGAAGUGUGGAGGGGCUGCUGGAUAAUAGGACAUCGGGGAAGACAAGUGCUUGGUUGGGGUAAUUGGACGCAACGGCACAGGCCUGGUGGGCGCUUAUAAAACCCUUUGUGAGGCCUGGGAGUCCCAGGGCAUCUGUUUGGCAUGUUGUGCCUUGUCAGACCCUGCACACAAGCCCCCUGCGGAUGCCCUUUUAGCUGGACCCCACUGGAAGCUUUCUUGUCCUCACUCUGGUGAGCGGAGCUCUUGGGACGUGCAUUGGUCCUGUGGUGGCUGCUCAGGGUAGACAGAUGGGGUUGAGUUGACAUACUGCAGACUUCUCGGUCCAUGAGCAACUGAGAAUGUAGGGUUUAAGGAAAAGUUGUUUGUUUGUUUGUUUGUUUGUUUUUAAUAAAAAAACAGAUUAAAGAAUUUCUGCUUGUUUGUAGACUUUGUUUCUAUUAUUGGGGCAGAGGCAAGGCUGUGAGGUCUAGGAAACAAGCCUUCUUUGGGCUGUCACCAGGGUUUUCCCUUUGUACAGUGGCUGUCAGCCUGGCCUCCCACCAGGGGCCCUGUGGCAGAUCAUGACCCCAUCACCACCAUGCCUGUUUUUCUGUCUGGUCACCCAUCUCUGCCUGGAGAGGUGACCUUGAGGCAAGGCCUGCCUGCACCUGUCUCCUUGCUUGUGCAAGCCUCCCUCAGCACCCAGGGGAGAUGCUGGGCACCAAAUGCCCUCUCAAGUCCAGUCUUCAUCCCCCUGCGCCUCUUUCCUUUCAGGUUCCUUCAAAGGAGCCAGAGUCCUGCAGCUGCCCAGCCUAGAUGCUCCACAGCUGUGGGUGCCUGGGGGAGGAGCUGGGGAGCUUGUCAAAGAUGCAGUUUCCUGGGCCCUAUCUCUGGAAAUUCAGUGGGUCUGAAGCGAGGCCCAAGAACAUGCGUGCAACUUGAUGCAGGGAGCCCAAACCAGCUUCCCUCCGUCUCAUCCUCUGCACUCAUCCUUGCCUUCUAG